AUGCCAGUCCACUUCGCCAUCCACACCUGCCCCCCCAUCCCCGCCGCCGUUCCCUCGCCGGACCCCUCCUCCCCCGACUCCGGCCUCUGGUCCCCGCUCUCCUGCACGCUAAUCUACACCUCCACCACCGCCAUCCUGGUCGACUGCCCCGCCACCGUCGCCGCCACCAACGACCUCGCAGCCUGGAUCAAACGCACCCUCCCACCCACCUGCACGCUAAAACACUUCAUCGCCACCCACGCCCACGGCGACCACUUCCUCGGCUUCCCCGUCCUCCAACAACACUUCCCUAGCAUCGUGGCGACGGCCACCGCCGCCGUCAUCCGCGGCAUCGCGCAGCAGUACGCGCCGGCGACAUACGAGCGGCUGUGGAAGCCCGCCUUCCCGCCCGGCGCGCCCGACGGCACGGGGCUGCCCGAAGCCGCCCCCGUCGCGUUCGCGGCGCUGCCAGAGUCCGGGGAGAUCGAGCUGCAGGACGACGGAGACGCAGUGGUGGUGGUGCGCGUGCACGACGUGCCGCACGGCGACACGCACGCCAACGCGUUCGUGCACGUGCCGGCGCUGUCGCUCGUUGUGGCGGGCGACAUCGUGUACAACGGCGACUGCCACCAGUGGCUAGGGGAGGCGUCGACGCAGGCGAAGCGGGACGCGUGGGUCGAGGCGUUGGGGCGGAUCAGGGCGUUGAGGCCGAAGGUCGUCGUGGCGGGGCAUACGUUCGCGCCGGCGACGGAGCCGGAUGAGGGGGUUGCGGUGGGGAUGUUGGAGGGGACGGAGGAGUAUAUCAGGGGUUUCGAGGAGGAGGUGGGGAGGGUGGGGAGGGUGGAGGAGUUGUUUGAGAGGAUGAGGGCGAGGUACGAGAGGUGGAAUUUGUAUCUUUUGGAUGGUGGGUGUCGGGCGGCGAUGCAGGCGAAGUAG